UUUUAAUUUUCUUUUGCAUACAUUGUCAUAUAACUGUAUUCAAAUUACGUCAAACUGAGUGUUAUCAUUCAGUGGAUACUUUAGGGACGAUAUGGUGAUAAAAGUGAUACAAAAUGUUACAGGAUCGGAUUAUACUAUAUUAUUUUUGGAGUAGUGUGAUUGUACAAUAAUAUUCAAGUUUCAACAAUCAUGCAUCGCUUUAUAAAAAUACUAAUUACUAUAGCUUUUAAUUUUGGGUCUGUCAAUAACCAGCGCGCGGCGUCAGACUGUACCUUCGACAUUUGUGUGAUGUCACCUUGUCUCAAUGAUGGCACGUGUUACCUAGACGACGCGUGUAACUUCCGGUGUGCGUGUCCCCAUGGCUACAAGGGCGAACGGUGCGAAACUGUUUCCAUGGUAACGGAAUUAGGAGAAGACGAGAAUCGAAAUCUGCCGAAAUCAGCAAUAAGAGUUCCAGUAAGUCUAGAAACUCACCUUGAAAAUCUGGAAGAUACAUUUCAAAAUCGGACGUGUGAAGUAAAUGACAAUACCAUAACAUGUUCGCAUGGUGUGUGUACCCCGAAUGCCAUAGGCUCACUCUGCAGUUGUGAUACUGGUUGGACUGGUUCGCUAUGUGAUUCGGCAAUACCGGAAAAUAAAGUCGCUGGUGAACCAGUCCCAAACAGUGGAAUUGUUGGACCAAGAAAUAGAGACGAUAAAACCGGUGCCUCUUCACUUUCUGAUUCAGUGCUUGCACAAGUGGCCGAAUUAAAAGCUAAAAUAGACAAAAGCAGAAACAAUCAAAAUAAAGAUUUAUAUGCAAAGACAAAACCAAACGAAAACAAUUUAUUUUCUAUAAUGUUCGAUAAGACGUUAGCCCCAACAACGAAAUCUCAUAGCAUCAGUUCUAAAUUUUCAAAACAAUCUGCACAACAGAAGCCGUUCGGACUUCCGAAACUUACAGACACAACACUCCUCUACCCACGCUAUAAUGCGUGCCAAGAGGGAUCCCCGAGGCGCCCAAUGUCAGAGCGUAAGUGCCCGUCGCAGCCAUUGACCCACGCGUGCGUUUAUGGCAAGUGUAUAGAGGAAGUGGGGGACCAUGGAGGCUGGAGCGGCGCCAUCUUCACGUGCGAGUGUGACGUAGGUGCCAGAAAAACACGAUGUGACGAGCUCUGUUGUCUGGACUGUGGCGAGAACGGACGGUGUAACUUACACGGCGACCCGGGCGAAAGAAAGCCGGUGUGCGACUGUAUGCCGCGGUACAUCGGAGAGAGAUGCGAAACGUUCGUACCACACCCAGUCAGUAUUGUUGAGAGGGAGGCCACGUGGUAUCUAUGGGUGGUUGGCUCGUGUGUGGGCGCUUUUCUCGUGCUCCUCGUGACCUCCAUCGCUGCACCGUAUUACAUGUGGAAAAACAGAGUUAUCCUCAUCAUGAAGAUAGUGUACUACUUCCAGGGGUUUGAAGAUGAUGAUGAAAAGCAGUUCGACGCUUUUGUCUCCUACAAGUCGCACCCCCGGGACGAAGGGUUCGUAGUACGAACACUCUACCAGAAACUGGAGAAGGAGCUAGGCUUCAGGCUUUGUCUGCAUUACAGGGACUUCGUUCCCGGAGAAACGAUUUCCAACAACAUAAUCAACGCCGUGGACGCCUCCAGGCGAACCAUUCUUAUACUCACUCCUCGCUAUGUGGAAAGUGAAUUCACCAGAUUCGAAUACCAGAAGGCGCAACAAGAGAUGUUGAAACGGAAACACAAAAUCAUUCCAAUAUUACUAGACGAUAUUUCAGACCUUCAAUCAACUAUGGAUAAAAAUCUGAAAGGUAUCAUCAAUUCUGUAACGUACCUCGAAUGGCCCGAGGGAGAAUCUGAUGACAGCAAGAAAAUUGAGAAAUUUUGGAAGAGGUUACUGUUGUCCAUGCCGAAAAAGAAAGUUUCAGACACAGAGAGUUCUUCAACAUCCAGUAGCAAUGGUUCGAAUGUGACGUCAUCAACACAGCUUAGUCAGACAGUUUCGCUGAGCACAGGCAGAACAUCAUCCUCCAGUUCUUCAAUGAGCAAGAAUAUUUCCUUUACUUCCUCUACCGAAAGAAUUUCAGCAUUGGCUGGUGAGAAAACAUUUUCACCAUUUGAAGACGAUUCCAGUGUCUAUGAUGAAAUAGGUAAAGUGGAAAGAGAUUAUAUUAAGCCGCUCAGUGAGAAAGAAGAACUGGAAUUGGAAUAUCGCUCCAAUGAUAAUUAUAAUACUAUUAACGACGACAAGGAUAGCUAUAUUGAUAUGGAAGAUGACAGAUACAUUGAGUUUAGGCCGGAAGAUCAGGAUGACUUUACAGAAUCACUUAUUAAUGCGUUUAACGAAGGAGUUGAAAAGACAAACAGUGAAAUAGAAAACAGUAUUUUAAAUAAUGAAACACUUGAUGAUAGCAAGCAUACUAGUGUGAUAAUGAAACCGGGUGUAGAUAACACAAGACAACCCAACGCUGUGCUACAACUUACCAACCCGGACUGUGACCUAGGCAACACAGAGCAAUAUGACUUUUCUAGUGUUUCCAUCGAUUCAAAUGGUUAUUUGGAAUUCCAGGUUUAGCAGCAUUAUGUUUUGGGCCUUUCUAGUUGGUAUUCUUGAGAUGAUUUGCUAUUUGAAUAUGAUUGUAUUUGCUGUGUGUUAUUAAAAUGAAGAUAAG